AUGGGUGGGAAGCUGAUGGGGCAACACCUCGACAAGAGCAAGGGCGACACGCUCUUUGGUGCCUACCGCGAGUUCCUCACGGUCAUUGCCGGCAGCCCCCGGGCCGCGCGCUCGAGGGAUGGGGCGCUGAGCCGCGAGGAGUAUGUCUCCGACCGGGAUGCGAAGGGCAAGCCCAUACCAGAGCUACGGGAGAGUGCCUACCGUGGCUCGGAGGCGACUCGGAAUCGCAUCUACGGUGCAUUUGAGGCAGGGAAAUGCACCGCUCAGCGCAAAGGGUAA